AUGCCUCAAUGGAUCGGAUCUCUAACCAGCCACAAUGGCAAUUCUCUGGCUGGCGUAUUCAUGAUUAACGGCGAGCCAUGGGUAUUCGAGAAGAACGCUCGCGGUAAACCAGCAGCUCCAUUUCAACGAGCCCCUGCAGUCGUGAAUAUCCCUUGGAAGGAGCUCGAAAGUAUUCGACAGUCCCUGCAGAGCCGUGAGCCUUUCACCGCGACUAUUAUGGGCUCUACUAUGGAGAUUAUUUGGUCUAAUGGUGUGAGGAUCACUGCCAAUGUGCCCCAUUGUGACACCUAUGGUUACCUUUCGGGUGAGGGUGGCUGGCGGACGCAAUGA